AUGAAUCUGACACCUUUGACGGCCAUUGAUGGCCUUUCAUCGUUGACUCUUUUUCAACAAGCACAGCAUAUUGCCCGCCAGAUCCCAGAAUGGCACAAGGCAGGCCAUUACAACUACUCAGUGCCUCAGGGGCACGAUGUCGGUGUGGACAUCCACACAAAGGAAUUCAACGGCGACUAUUGGGUUGCUCGUGCAAAUGGAUUCGAGCAGUUUGAUGCAAAGUCUCGGAAACAUCUUUUCCAUGUUUUGGACAAGUACGUGCUUGGCUCCACCUCCCUGCUCGAUGAGUCUCACACUCUGUAUGAGCUCGGAUAUAUCCAGGAGUUAGCCGACUUCAAGGUGCAUCCUUACGAUCUCGGUGAUACGGUCCCCGGAUACGAGGGCGUGGCGUAUUUGGCAGAGUUGUACUAUCACUUGCAGUUUCCAUUGAAGAAACGUAAGUUUUGCAACUUGGUGCAUGUUCUUAGAGCCGAAGAUGGCAAUUCUGGCUAUGUGAUCAGUUUGGCGGUGGAUCCGUCGGUGAUUCCAGGAAACCCAAAGGAGCCGGCCUUCGUUCAUGCAAGACAAGUGACCUCAGGUGGUACAUGA